AUGUGUCGGACAAGAGCUGACAGUGUCACUGUUAACAUUGAUAAUAUGCUUAAGAACUUGUCUUCUACACCUUCAAAGCCCUCAAUGUUUAGAGUCGGUGACCAUUUACGCAGCAUAAAUCCAGAGGCUUAUGAUCCACAAAUAAUAGCCAUUGGCCCAUUUCACCGCAGUAAGCCUAACUUGCAGAACAUGGAGCAACACAAAGUCAGGUAUCUAAAGCUGUUUCUUGAAAGAAGAGAAGGGUCAAGUGUACAAAGAUAUGUUAACACAAUAAGAGAGUUAAAAGACACAGCGCGGAAAUGUUAUGCUGAAGACAUCCAACUUGAUGAAGAUGAGUUCAUGGAAAUGUUGAUUCUUGAUGGUUGUUUUAUCAUCGAAUUUCUCUAUAUGUUUCAACACAGAGAACAUAGGGAAGUGGAUGACCCCAUUUUCCAGUAUGGACAUAUACAAAGUCAUUUGUUCCACGAUCUAAUGGUAUUUGAGAAUCAGAUUCCAUUUUUCAUCAUUGAUAGUUUGAUCAAGAUCAAUAAUGGAUACGACAUCAAUUCUCUAAUAUGGCCUUUACUGCAAAAUGGCAUUUUCCCAGUGCAAGCUCCUCCUGAAGGUCCCAUUAAUGGUCACCAUCUUCUUGGUAUUGUACAUGGCAUCCAGUGUUCUUCCUUUGCAAUGAUAUUAUCUCAGAUGGGUUCUAGAAAUCCAGAUCAAAUGGUAAAUAUAAAUUCAGCUUUAGAGCUCAAAGAGGCAGGGAUUUCGUUCAAAAAGUCUGAAGGUAAUAGUUUUUUUGGUAUUGAAUUCAAAAAUAAAGCAAUGAUCAUUCCAGAAUGGGAAAUUUCUGAUUCAACGGAAUCAUUGUUCCGAAAUCUGAUUGCAUAUGAGUACUAUCUCACAGGCAUUACCAUUCCUCAAAAAUAUGUGACAGACUAUGUAUUCUUCAUGCAUUGUCUUGUCCAUUCUCCUGAAGAUGCAAAAUUGUUGCGCCGAAAUGGAAUCAUUAGCAACUUUUUGGGAAGCGAUGAAAUGGUUUAUAAUUUAAUCAACCAGCUAGGCAAGAAUAGCAUAAUUUCUGAAGAGUUUUCGUAUUUUAAAAUUUUCAACCGUGUGAACGAACAUUGUCGUCACAGAAGGAAUAGAUGGAUGGGAAUAUUAAGGCGAAAAUAUUUCAACAGUCCAUGGGCACUCAUUUCAGUCUUUGCUGCCACUGCCUUGCUUAUUCUCGCCAUCAUACAGGCUACGUUUGCUAUUCUCUCAUAUCGUCAUGAUCUCAAGAAUGGGAAUUGA